AGGACCUCUCUUGUUGGUGUCUGCAGGAUGUCUGAGAAGAAGUGUCCGCAGGAGGAUGACUGCGCCUCCCUGCUGUCCAGGCUGGGCUCCGACUCCCCGCGGCCUCGGAUGAAGUAUGGAGGGAUGUUCUGCAACGUCGAAGGAGCUUUCGAGAACAAAACCCUGAACUUCGAGUCGUUCAGCCCGCAGACGCAGCGACGACGAGCCAAUCGCACUCGGACUGAUGACCAUGUUGGAGGAGACGCAGCGAGAGGAGGAGGAGGAGGAGGAGGAGGAGGAGGUCAGACGGUGGUGUUUCCCUCCGGACACACCCGGGAAAACUACGGCAAGAGGGAGGGCGACCGGCUGAUCAUCAAAGGAGGAAAGAUCGUCAAUGACGACCAGUCGUUCUACGCUGACGUCUACAUCGAGGAUGGAACCAUCAAACAGAUCGGUGAGAACCUGAUCGUCCCCGCUGGUGUGAAGACGGUGGAUGCGUACGGUCAGCUGGUCAUCCCUGGAGGAAUCGACGCCAACACCAACCUGCAUGCUCCGCAGAAAGGCCUGAACCCCGCCGACGACUUCUACCAGGGAACCAGAGCCGCUCUGGCCGGAGGAACCACCAUGAUCAUCGACCACGUGUUGGCAGAGCCUGGAAUCAGUUUACUGUCAGCGUUUGAGCAGUGGAGGGACGCAGCGGAUCAGAGGGCGUGCUGCGAUUUCUCUCUACACCUGGACAUCACUCGCUGGCACGACGGACUGUACGAAGAGCUGGAGACUCUCAUCAAAGACAGAGGUGUGAACUCCUUCCUGUUUUUCAUGGCCUACAAAGACAGAUACCAGAGCUCCGACUCUCAGCUCUACGAGGCGUUCGGGGUCCUCCGAGACCUCGGAGCCAUCGCCCAGGUCCACGCUGAGAACGGUGACAUCAUUGAUGAGGAACAAAAGAAGCUUCUCAGUCACGGCAUCACAGGACCUGAAGGACACGUUCUGUCUCACCCUGAAGAGGUAGAGACAGAGGCGGUGUAUCGAGCCAUCACCAUCGCCAAACAGGCCAACUGCCCGAUCUACAUUACCAAGGUGAUGAGCAAAUCUGCUGCUGAUGUCAUCGCCAAAGCCAGGAAGAAAGGUAUGGUGGUGUAUGGGGAGCCAAUCACAGCCAGUCUGGCCACUGAUGGCUCUCACUAUUGGUCCAAAGACUGGGCCACAGCUGCUGCCUUCGUCAUGAGCCCACCCCUCAACCCUGACCCUUCAACUCCACAGUACCUGACCUCUAUGUUAGCAUGUGGAGACCUCCAGGUGACGUCCAGCGCCCAGGCCAGCUUCUCCACGGCUCAGAAAGCCGUCGGUAAAGAUGACUUCACUCUGAUCCCAGAGGGAACUAACGGGAUCGAGGAGAGGAUGUCGGUGGUCUGGGACAGAGCUGUGUCUACAGGGAAGAUGGAUGAAAAUGAGUUUGUUGCAGUAACAAGCACCAAUGCUGCAAAACUCUUCAACAUUUACCCUCGCAAAGGACGGAUUGCUGUUGGUUCUGAUGCUGAUAUCGUCGUCUGGAACCCAAAAGAGACUCGAACUGUUUCUGGAGAAACUCACAACCUGACAGUGGAGCUGAACAUCCUCGAGGGUUUAGAAUUUCGUGGCGUGGCAUCGGUGGUGAUCAGUGGCGGUCGAGUCGUUCUGGAGGACGGAAAACUCAACGUGACGGAAGGUUCAGGACGCUUCGUCCCCCGGAAGGCUUUCCCCGACGCUGUCUACAGGAGGAUCAGAGCUCGCAGCAAGAUGGCCGAGGCUCGUGGUGUCCCCCGUGGUAACUAUGAUGGUCCGGUUCAUGAUGUCAUCAGUAUGACUAAAUCGGUCCCAUCCACUCCAACCACCAGGGGGACCCCCUGUCCCAAAACCCAAACCGGCCCCCGAAACCUCCACCAAUCAGGAUUCACCCUGGCAGGAGCUCAGAUUGACGACCACAUACCACGACGCUCUGCUCAGAGGAUUGUGGCGCCGCCUGGUGGACGAUCCAACAUUACAUCCUUAUCUUAAAACAACAGCAAGAAUUAAACUGUUACUCUGAGCAUGUACAACUCAGAGUACCAGUACUUCAACAAAUACUGAACCCUACAACAACCUUACAGUUAGUACUUGAUCUUAAUGUGACAGUACUUCAGCUAGUACUAAAUCCUACAACAAUGGCACUACCAUCUUACAACUAGAACAAAAACAUUUCAACAAUGGUAAUACCACUCAACAGCAAAUGGUGGUACUAUAACUAGUUUAAAAACGUACAACUACUUCACUAGUACUCAGUCCUGCAAACACCCAACUUCUUCCAAACCUACAACAAUUUACUUCUACAAGUAUUAAACCCUAAAACAACCCUCCAACUAAUACUAAAAUCUACAACGAUACUUUAAUUAGUACAAAAUUCUGCAAACGUGGUACUAUCACUUUACAAAUACUAGUAGGACCUACACACAAUUAACAGUAAUAAACCGUCUAACUGGUUCAAAAUCCUUUUUUGUACUUUUUUGUAUUCCAACUAGUAAUGAAUGUUACAACAAUGAUACUACAACCUUACAGGUCCUACACUCUACGACUACUCGUUAAUUAAUUAAUUAACCCUGUUACAGUGGUACGACAGCUACUACUAAACCCUAAAAGUAUUACUAAAUGCUAGAAUAUUGGUACUUCAACCAGUAUUAAUAUAGUAUAAACUAGUAUAAACUGUACAAAUACCCAACAACCGCCUCUAAACUUAAAACUAGUGCUAAAUCUUCAAACAAUUGUACUUCUUCUUAGGAGUAAACCUUCAAGAACAACCUUCCACCUAGUACUGAAUCCUGAAACAAUGGUAUUACAACCCUACAAAUACUACUAAACCCUACAACAACUGUACUUCAAAUAGUACUAAAUGUUACAACAAUGGUACUACAACCCUUCAGCAUGUACUACAACCUGUGACGAGUACUAGACUCUACAACAGCGGUACUCAACUAGUACUGAAUGAUACAACACUGGUAUUUGAAACCAGUUCUUUGAAGUACUCUACCCCUUCACAUGUGUACUAAAGAUUUCAUCUCAUCUUAAAACAUAUCAUCAGUUUUCACUUCACCAUGUUCUCGUUCUCUCUCAGCUCCCUCUGACAGAGGGAGUAGUAGUAGUAGUAGUAGUAGUAGUAGUGGCAAUAGUAGAUACCGUACAUCACUUAACAUAACAUAGCAUAUAACUGACUGGUUGUUUGUUCCCAGAUGUUUUUUAUAAACAGCUGGCUCCAUCAAAAUACUUCUUCCAUUUUUACAGUGAACUCAUCCUGCUCAUGUUGGUCAUUGUAAAUUAAAGUCAUGUAACUCCACAGUAGUCAUUAUUCAAACAGUAACACUUAAGUAACAUUUUGUGUCUUUUUUCACAAUAUAGUGCAUUUUACUGAAGGACUUUGAUAAUGUACUAGCAUAUUAUUCCAGUUCCAUGUCACUCCUCUAUCUGUUCCUUAAAGAAUCAGUCUGUGGUAGAGUAAUGUGAGUGGUGUUCAUCCUGAUGAGUGUUCCUAUUGGUCAGAUUUAAUCUGGACUGACUGAGUCGGACUGCAGGUCUGGUCCUGUCAGCAUGAGCUCAAUCUUUUUGUCUCAGAAUGAAAAAAACAGAUUUUAACUUUCAGACUAAAACCAUGAGAAUUUCUGUGAACAUAAAAACAUCAACUAACCUCAUAUGGUGCUAUAAAUCCAGUGGUAGCCUCCAGGUAGCAAUCCCUUCAUCCCUAUUCCCAGAUUAUCUAAAGCAAUAUCUGACUCGCCCACCAGAUUAUCUAAAAUUAUAUCUCCGCUUCCUUGAUUAUAUGAAAUAAUAUCUGACUUCGCCCCCAGAUGAUCUAAAGUAAUAUAAAUAAUAUUAGACUCCGCCUCCCAGAUUAUCUAAACUAAUACUUGACUCCGCCUGCCAGAUUAUCUAACAUAUUAUCAGACUCCACCCCUCUCACGCCCCCCUACUGUGACCUCUGAUGACCUAUGAUGAUUUUUAACUGUAUUUGAUUUGUAAAGACUUCAUUUGAUACCAUGAUCAUUUUGUAUUUUUUACAGUUUUUGUAUCCUGGCAGUGUUAGCAUCAGCGAUCGUAGUACUCAGACACAGUUCAGCCACCAAGACACCCACUGCAGCCAUGUUCGUGCCAAGCUGUUGCCACAGCAACAUGUGGUUAAGAGUCCAUCAUAUAAUCGUUGUGGUGGAGAACAUCUGCCAUCAUGCCGUCCUUAAUAAACCUUGCAGAUUCAGCUCCAACGUGACAUCAUUGUUAAAGACAACAUGACAUCAUUGAUAAAGACAACAUGACAUCAUUGAUAAGGACAACAUGACAUCAUUGAUGAAGACAACAUGACAUCAUUGAUGAAGACAACAUUGCGGCUGUGUCUCUGCUGGCUGAGCUGUUUCUCAGAGCAUUUGUCUGUAGCAGUCUGUUGUUUUUCUGUCCUCACAGAUGCACUGAAGCAAAAAACGGAGGACAUGAACUCUUUAUAUAAAAAAAUGUGCCGAAAUGGAGGUGGGUAUAUGAAGAGGGGUUACCGUGGCGACGGUGCAUCUGUUGGUGUUGUUCCCGUAGUGAAUGUAAACCUUCUUCCUGUUGUGAUGAGAGCUGCAUGAGUAAAUUAAACUGUG